AGAUAGAUGGGGGAUGCAAUGGUAGGUAGGUAUUGGUGUUACAUAUGCUCCCAAAUGGUGAAUCCAACGACAGAACCUGAGAUAAAAUGCCCUUUAUGUGAGUCCGGAUUUGUGGAAGAAAUGUCCAGCAUAAGACAUUACCCCAACACCAAUGGUAUUGAUUUAGCAUCAGUUAACAAUCUUUCCCUUUUGGUUCCAAUCUUGCUCGGCUCGAUUGGCAGUUUAGGUGGCUUGCAGUUGCGUAUCGCUGGCAGGGAUCAAAUUAAUGAUAACAACUCAUCACAAGAUGCAUUGGGUGAUGAAUUCGGAAGUGAAUUUGAAGCCCUGCUUAGGAGGAGAAGAUCUUCAGCUCUUGAAAAUCCUGAAAAUGGUAGAGAAAGGAGCAACAUAAUGAUCUUAUCUGAUCCAUUCAAUGACGAGGCUUUGAUUGCUCAAGCAUCAUUCGGUGAUUACUUAAUAGGACAAGGUUGGGACCUUUUGUUACAGUAUUUUUCGGAGAACAAUCUGAGCCGGUAUGGAACCCCACCGGCAGUGAAAGAAGCAAUUGAAGCGAUGCCAAAUGUUACUAUGGAUGACAAUUUACAGUGUUCUAUAUGUUUGGAAGAUAUCAAGAUUGGAUGUGAAGCAAAAGAAAUGCCAUGUAAACAUAAAUUCCAUAAUGGAUGUAUUACCCCAUGGCUGGAACAUCAUAGCUCUUGUCCAGUAUGCAGGUUUCAGCUGCCUUGGGAUGAUUCCAGGUUGGAGGUAAAUUUCACCAUCGAUAGUGAAGGUAGAGUUGGCAUUGUAGAUGUUCGAAGUGGCAACAGGCUAGGAACCGGAAGACGGUAUUGGAUCCCGAUUCCAUUGCCUUAUGAUCGUUUACUGGCCUUACCAGGUUCCCAAAGUGGUUCUGCUUCAGCUUCAUCGUCGGAGGAACCAGGGAGUGAAAGUUCACCUCAGACAGAUGGUAUCUGA